AUUACUAAUGGCCGUUGUUGUCGUGCGUUUCUGAAAUGCUCAAGCGGCGUUUAUGGGUUUUUAGUUCAUCUAUUUCUUAUUUGGACCUUUUCAACACAAGAAAACACAAUGGCUGAUUACUGGAAGUCUCAACCCAGGAAAUUCUGUCAGUAUUGUAAGUGCUGGAUCGCGGACAAUAAACCCAGUAUCGAUUUCCACGAAAGAGGGAAGAACCACAAAGAAAAUGUUGCAGCAAAAAUUUCAGAGAUUAAGAAGAAGAGCAUACAGAAAGCCAAGCAGGAUGAGAAGGCGUCUAAACAGUUCGCUGCCAUGGAGGAGGCUGCGAUGAAAGCUUAUGAGAAGGAUCUGAAACGCAUGGAGAGGGAGGCAGCAUUUGGCCCAGAUACUGAAACGACAUCCGAAACUUCAACAUACCAACCUGUGCCAACGGUACAGGCUCCUAAACAGCCCCAGGCCCAGGGGCAAGAGCCCAAGCAGAAGAAGCCCCAGAAGAAAGGUGGACAUCCCAGGCCUCCAGCCCAGCCAAGGCCCCACCCAGGAGCUGCACUGUGGGUGGAAGGGAAGACCAGCGAGGGGUAUACGUACUACUACAACACAGUCACUGGUGAGUCUCGGUGGGACAAACCAGAAGAUAUUCCAGGAGUAGCGUCUAAUAGUGCAAAGCCUAGGAGCACAAAGACUCCUACAGCAGCAGUUUGGACAGAAUCUGUGACCCCAGAAGGUUAUAAAUAUUACUACAACAUUGCAACAGGAGAAUCCAGUUGGGAAAGGCCUGCAAACUGUAGCAUCAUUGAGCCGCCCGGGACCAGUGAAACGCAAGAGGGUCUGGAGGAGUCCCCAAACCCAGCACAAAGUCCAGAGGAGGCGGUAGGAGAGGAGGUGAAGGCGGAGGACACAUCUACAGAGGGUGAUGCUAAAGAGUCUACUGUACCCAAAAUACAAUUCAGGAAAAGAAAAGCAGAGUCUGAUACAUCUGACAGUCCGGAUGACACUCCUAAAGACAGUGAAGAGGAGCAGAGACAGGAGGAAGAAAGAGGAGGAGGGGAGGAGGAGAAACUGGAGGAGGAGAAACCGGAGGAGGCCCCCACCGGACGAUUCAGACCUCCAAACCCCUAUGGCACCUGGGAGCGCAUCAAAGUGCAGAAGGACCCUUAUGCUACUGUGGACUUGCAGCUGCCUCAGGUCCAGGUGUCAGAAGAAAGCAAGCCUGUAGAAGUCCCUCCUGAGCCAAAGCACAAAUUCAAAACGCGUGUGAUCACAUCUUUAGGAGACAGCGCCAGCAGCGUCCCUGUCACCUUCAAGAAGAAGAAAACUCAAAACGGAAAAUCACGAAGUCUACGGCAGAGAGACGACGAGGACUGAACAGCUCCCAUUUGGACAUUUGUGGACCAUUUCACCAAGACUUUAGUUUGUCUUUGAAACCAUGAUCUCAUACUUUUACAUCUUUGACUUUUGGACACACGAAAUGUACAUUAAAAUGUUUUAAAUAGUUUUCCCUGUGAGUAUAUAUGUAAAUGAAUAUAGGCUUAAAAAGAUUGCCAUUGUGGAAGUUUAAGAGCAGUAGAUUUGCUUUUAGCAUAUAAUCAGUAAACAAGACUAUUGGUAUACACAUAAUGUAAUUUGGCAUUGUAAAUUCUAUUAGAUCUGGUUGAUAUUCAAAUCUCGUUUACAUUGGCAGCUACUGAUUACAUUCAUAAAAUAUAAUUAUCCUUAGGACAAGGGAUAAAAUUUUCCUAAUACUAUAAAACAUUCAUGUUGAAGCUGUUUACUGACUCACUGAUUAAAGGUCCUAUAUGC